ACCAUGUUGUGGUUGGAUGGUAUUACAGCAUAAGACUUAGGACCUGCACUCUUUAUGCACAGCUAGUGAGCAUAUAAUCACAAUUUAUUGGGUACAAAUCUCCAGCAACAUCUGAAACAUGCAUUUAGCCAAAAGUGAAGUGGAUGAAAUGAAGAACAAAGACGGAGCAGUAAAUCCUGCUUUUGAGUGCACAGAAUCCAGCCACCAACAACAGAGUAACACCAUCACAGUGAGUCUGAAUGAAAGACAUAAGAACAAGCCAGAACUGGAUCUCCUCUAUGCUAUAAAUGACAGGCCACCAUGGUACCUUUGCAUAUUGUUUGGUUUUCAGCACUACAUCCUGGCCUUUGGAGGAAUCAUCGCUAUACCACUGAUCCUAGCAGAACCAAUGUGCUUUGGUGAUAACAACUCUGUCAAGAGUCAGCUCAUCAGCACCAUAUUUUUGGUUUCGGGUUUGUGCACAUUGUUGCAGACAACUUUUGGAACCAGGUUACCUAUUCUCCAAGGAGGCACAUUCAGCUUUAUCACUCCCACACUGGCCAUACUUGCAUUGCCUGAAUGGAGAUGUCCAGAUAUUAAGGAAAUGCUCGUUAACACAACGAAUAACACUGAAUUUAACAGAGAUGAAAUUUGGAAAUCCCGCAUGAGAGAAAUUCAAGGUGCCAUUCUGGUAGCGUCUUUGCUUCAGUUGGUACUUGGAUUCACAGGUCUUGUUGGAUUUGUCCUGAGGUGUAUUGGACCCCUCACGAUUGCUCCCACCAUAACCCUCAUUGGACUCUCACUUUUUGUUGAAGCUGGGAAGAAGUCAGGAGCACACUGGGGCAUUGCAGCUUUGACUGUGGGCCUGAUUUUUCUCUUCUCUCAAUACUUGAGUAAAGUGAACAUCCCUCUAAUUGUCUACACAGAGAAGAAAUGGAAAAUUAUAAAAUACCCCAUAUUCAAGUUGUUUUCAGUGCUAUUGGGAAUGUGUGGGUCUUGGCUAAUCUGCUUUCUUCUUACAUUCUUUGAUGUACUGCCGCGGAACGCAAAAGAUUACGGUCACACUGCAAGGACAGAUAUCAAUCUCAAUGCUGUUGAAAGUGCUCCAUGGUUCCAUGUUCCAUAUCCAGGUCAAUGGGGCCUUCCAACAGUGAGUCUGGCUUCUGUACUUGGGAUGAUGGCUGGAGUUCUGGCAUCAACCAUGGAAUCCAUUGGUGAUUAUUAUGCCUGUGCACGGCUUUCUGGGGCCCCGCCACCACCUAUGCACGCCGUUAACCGAGGCAUUGCAAUGGAAGCAAUAGGUUGUAUUUUGGCAGCCAUCUGGGGUAGUGGGAAUGGAACAACAUCUUACAGCCAAAAUAUCGCCGCACUCGGAAUCACAAAGGUUGGCAGCAGGUUGGUACUUCAGUAUGCUGGUCUUUUAAUGAUUUUCUUGGGACUGUUUGGAAAAUUUGGUGCUAUAUUCAUCACCAUUCCUAUUCCGGUCAUUGGAGGAAUGUUCAUGGUUAUGUUCGGAAUGAUCACAGCCGUGGGCAUCUCUAACUUACAGUAUGUGGAUUUGAACUCUUCAAGAAAUUUGCUGAUCCUUGGAUUUUCCACUUUCAGUGGCUUAGUUUUACCAACUUGGUUCCAUUCCAACCCAGAGAUGAUCAACACAGGCAUCAGAGAACUGGAUCAAGUUUUUACUGUUCUUUUUACAACGCAUAUGUUUGUUGGUGGAUUCUUUGGAUUUAUUCUGGACAACCUCCUCCCAGGAACAGAAAAAGAACGAGGCAUCAAAGCUUGGCGUGAGCAUGUACACAAGUCAGACAGCGAAGAAGAUCAGUCCUGUUAUGACCUACCUUUUGUGAACAAAUACCUCAGCAGGCUUCGGUGUGCAUAUUACAUCCCUUUUCUCCCAAUGUAUAAGACAGCCGAGAAAAGAGUAAGGAAUAUGCAAACUAUUAGCACAAACAGAUAACAAACUGCAGUCAUUUCAAGAUGCAAGUGACUCAAGUUUUAAUCAUGUCUUUGUACAGGCAUAUUCCAAUCAUUAUGGCAACAAAAUUGGAUGUCAUUUUUACAAUUUGUCUGCUUUUAAAGUACUAUAGCUAUCUAUGUCUUAACCAGAACCAAAAUGACCCUUUCUUUGUUUCUAAGGUCAUGGCAAACACUUAAGAGCUUUAAGCAAAUCACCCCCAGGUUCUGUAUGCAAAUUUAGAUAUUUCAGGAAUUUCUUUUAAGACUCGCCACUUCCCACAGUGUGUUCUGGUAUACGGAUAAGGUUCACACAGUAAUUUUCUUUAAUCUACUACAGCAUGAUUCACCUCAAGUCAGAAAUGACUCCUUUAUCCCAAAAAUGGAAACCAGGCCUGAUUUAAUGCUGUACCCUUUCCCAAAUUAAAAUCACUCUUUAGUCUAACCAAAGGGAUUGGGGUGGAAAGGGCUGUACUGAAUUUCUCAUAGCUUUAACUUACACAAUGUAUCUGUAUGUGAAGAUUAUGGUAUGCAUACAGUAUUGACCAAAAUAUUUCAAUUCAUUACAAAUAAAUGUGUAGCUUUUGUACUGUUCAUCCACUAGUCAGCUGCAUUUAUGCGUUGUGGAAAUUACAUUUUAGACAUGCUUUUGAACUGAUCUGUAGUGAAUUCACUUGAUAGCUAGAUCACACCGCUAAGCAGUGUGUAAAAAUAACACUUCACCACUUGAAACCUGGCAAAUCCAAAUCAAAUCAUAUUUUACAGAAUUAGUGAGGGAAUAAUGUAUUCAGCAAUGGAUAAUAUUACUGUUUUUGACAGUGAGGAGGAUGUAAGCGAAUUAUAUGAAUUUGGUUGUCAGAAAUGGAAAACCAAUUUCUUUGAGGAUUUAAAGAUGGUCUCAGGCAUUGAGUCUUAUACUGUUUCAAAAUAAUGAAACGCUAAUACUGUUCAUGGCAUUGAACUGUACAUGCAUGUGCUUUUAGUCUCUGGCUUCUGUUUUCUGAUUUUAUUUAUAUAUAAAAAAAAAACCCUUUUAUAAAAAUUUAUGUGGGAUCGUAUUCACAAAGUAUUUACAACAAUGCGUAUUUCAUUAAAUGAUAAUGCAUCACCCUGCUCAGCCUCAGAACAUUGUAAGAAUAGAGUAAAAAAGAUAAAAAAAGUUAGAAGGUAAUUUUGUAAGUUACCUUUAGCAAUUGUUGCUAAGAAGUUGAAAACAACCAGCAAUUAGUCCACAAAGAAGUAUGGAUUUUAUGCCAGUAAUUAAAAAUAAAUGAAUAAAUGUUAAUGUCAUAUUGCUUAAAAUUAAUUUAAGUCAAGUGGGUGGAGGACAAGCAUGAUAUUACUUUAUAAGACGCAUUUUUAGAUGCAUGGUCCUGGGCGGAAAAUGUUAAUUUCCCUCGUAGAGACAAAUGCAGAUACACAUAUACACCAUACAUACAAACAGAAAUAGCCACCACUAUUACAUGGGUAUCAUUCAUAUAUAACACACACUACCGGUCAAAAGUUUUAGAACACCCCCAUUUUUCCAGUUUUUAUUGAAAUUUAAGCAGUUCAAGUCCAGUGAAUAACCUGAAAUGGUACAAAGGUAAGCGGUAAACUGCCAGAGGUUUAAAAAAAAAAAAAAAAAAAGGUUUAGGUUACCAAAAACUGAAAAAUAAUGUACAUUUCAGAGUUAUACAAAAAGGCCUUUUUCAGGGAACAAGUAAUGGGUUAACAACUUACAGCUGUUCUGCAGCAAUGGAAGUAAAUUAAGCCUUGAAAGUUGAUGCUAACAAUUCCUACAGGUGUCCCAACUUUUGUUGAUUACUUACAAACCCUCUGUCUGUAUAAAAGCAGUGUUGGAACAGACUGUGUUACUACACCCUCUUAAGCAUUAUUUGGACAGUAUUGUACUACAGGAAGUAGUAUAUUGCUCUCAUAAUGGCGAGAAAAAGGCAGUUUCCUACACCAUCAAAAGGCACUUGGAAACUGGAGGAAACUCUGACAGGAAGAGGUCUGGCAGACACAAAGCCACAAAAGAAUCAGAAGACAAGUUUCUGAGAGUCAACAGCUUGCGUGAUAGACGGCUCACAGGACAACAGCUUCAAGCACAGCUUAACACUGGUCGAAGUAAGCAAGUCUCAGUUUCAACUGUGAAGAGAAGACUUCGAGCUGCAGGUUUGACAGGUCGAGUGGCAGUAAGAAAGCCAUUGCUAAGAUGGCAAAAUAAGAAAAAGAGGCUUGCCUGGGCCAUGAAGCACCACCAGUGGACUACUGAAGACUGGAAGAAGGUCUUAAGGACCGAUGAAUCAAUUUGAAAUCUUCGGUUCAUCACGCAGGGUUUUUGUACGCCGUCGAGUAGGCGAAAGGAUGGUUCCUCGGUGUGUGACACCAACUGUCAAACAUGGAGGAGGAAGCGUGAUGGUCUAGGGCUCUUUUGCUGGAUCCAGAGUCGGCAACUUGCACAGAGUGAGUGGCACCCUGAACCAAAACUGCUACCACAGCAUUUUGCAGCGCCAUGCAAUACCCUCUGGUAUACGCCUAGUUGGUCAGGGGUUCAUCCUACAGCAAGAUAAUGACCCAAAACAUACCUCCAGGCUAUGUCAGAACUACCUUAGAAGAAAACAACAAGACGGUAGGCUUCAAAUCAUGGAAUGGCCAGCACAGUCUCCAGACUUAAACCCCAUCGAGCUGGUUUGGGAUGAACUGGACAGAAGGGUGAAAGCAAAGCAACCUACAAGUGCAACACAUUUGUGGGAACUUCUGCAACAGUGUUGGGAAGAACUUUCCGAACAAUAUUUGAUUUCCAUUGUAGAAAGAAUGCCACGAGUGUGUUCGGCUGUUAUAUCUGCAAAAGGUGGCUACUUUAACAAAAUUUAAUCUAAAUUUUUGACUCAAACAAAACGAUUCCAUGAUUUAUUUUUUAUCUCCAAUUGUUUAUCUAUGCUUUAAUUUCAGAGUACAUUGAGACAUUAAACUGCGUAAAUUUCAAUAAAAACUGGAAAAAUUGAGGUGUUCUAAAACUUUUGACCGGUAGUGUGUGUGUGGGGGUGUGUAUAUUAUAUAUACACAGACGUGCUCAAAUUUGUUGGUACCCGUACAGCUCAUUGAAAUAAUGCUUCAUUCCUCCUGAAAAGUGAUGAAAUUAAAAGCUAUUUUAUCAUGUAUACUUGCAUGCCUUUGGUAUGUCAUAGAAUAAAAUCAAAGAAGCUGUGAAAAAGAUGAAUUAUUGCUUAUUCUACAAAGAUAUUCUAUAAUGGCCUGGACACAUUUGUUGGUACCCCUUAGAAAAGAUAAUAAAUAAUGGGAUUAUAGUGAUAUUUCAAACUAAUUAGUUUCUUUAAUUAGUAUCACACAUGUCUCCAAUCUUGUAAUCAGUCAUUCAGCCUAUUUAAAUGGAGAAAAGUAGUCACUGUGCUGUUUGGUAUCAUUGUGUGCACCACACUGAACAUGGACCAGAGAAAGCAAAGGAGAGAGUUGUCGGAGGAGAUCAGAAAGAAAAUAGACAAGCAUGGUAAAGGUAAAGGCUACAAGACCAUCUCCAAGCAGCUUGAUGUUCCUGUGACAACAGUUGCAAAUAUUAAGAAGUUUAAGGUCCAUGGAACUGUAGCCAACCUCCCUGGGCGCGGCCGCAAGAGAAAAAUUGACCCCAGAUUGAACAGAAGGAUAGUGCGAAUGGUAGAAAAAGAACCAAGGAUAACUGCCAAAGAGAUACAAGCUGAACUCUAAGGUGAAGGUACGUCAGUUUCUGAUCGCACCAUCCGUCGCUUUUUGAGCGAAAGAGGGCUCAAUGGAAUUAGACCCAGGAGGACUCCACUUUUGACAGAAAAACAUAAAAAAGCCAGACUGGAAUUUGCUAAAAUGCAUAUUGACAAGCCACAAUGGAUGGAUAAGAACAAAACAUUGGAUUAUUCUGAAGUGGCCUUCUACGAGUCCUGAUCUGAAUCCUAUCGAACAUCUAUGGAAAAAGCUGAAACUUGCAGUCUGGAGAAGGCACCCAUCAAACCUGAGACAGCUGGAGCAGUUUGCUCAGGAAGAGUGGGCCAAACUACCUGUUAACAGGUGCAGAAGUCUCAUUGAGAGCUACAGAAAACGUUUGAUUGCAGUGAUUGCCUCUAAAGGUUGUGCAACAAAAUAUUAGGUUAGGGGUCCCAUCAUUUUUGUCCAUGCCAUUUUCAUUUGUUUUAUUAUUUACAAUAUUAUGUUGAAUAAAAAAUCAAAAGCAAAGUCGGAUUUCUAUUAAAUAUGGAAUAAACAAUGGUGGAUGCCAAUUACUUUUGUCAGUUUCAAGUUAUUUCAGAGAAAAUUGUGCAUUCUUUUUUUUUGUGGAGGGGUACAAACAAAUUUGAGCACAUCUGUAUAUAUUAUUGUACAUAUCUGCUGAAGUUACCAUUUUACAAUUUUUUUUUUUUUUUUUUUACAUAUUAGCCUGUGCUGCAGGGAGAACACUAACAGGUAUGUACAGACCACAUGGUUAAUAUUCUACUGAUCUGAAAAUGUAUAAGGAUAUUCCCAUUCCAGACUCAUCCAUAUACCCAGAAUACCCUACCCCAUUCACAAAGAUGGAAUAUAAUGUUUUACAGUAUGGUAAAUACAGACUUGUAUACAGUUAAACAUGUUAACAUCAAAGUUUGUAUUCUUCCAGAUCAUCUAGGCUUUUACACCCAGUGCAGAAAGACAUCAGCCUUUUUCUUUUACAGUGUUUCCUAAUUAUCUUAUCUCUGGCUGUCUGUCACACUACAUGGUUAGCACGAUAACUGGCUUGAUUUUACACCAAUCCUUAACCAACUUUCUUAGCUACACAGACAUAUUGUUUUAACCUGUACAUUCACUCUUUCAUGUUCUUACCUUUGCAAUUAUGAGGAUCCUGUGAAUGUGCCAGCACACUAGCUUUAUUCGAUGAGGAUAGCAUCUGGAAACUUAAUCAAUGUUACUGAUACCACAAGAGUACCUUUGUGGCAAAAAAAUAAAUAGUGAGGAAAGACCGCUGCCACUUUCUGGUUCGUUGCCCCUUUAAAAAUCAACCAAGGACACAGACUUGGAUUUUUCAGCGCGGUUGCGCUAUUUUUAAUAACAGGACAAACAAAACAAAACACAAAAAAUAAACACCUAGCUCUUUACAAGCACUAACUAACACACAGGAACCUAACUAGCACAGGACAGCUAGGCCGUUUACCUGUCACACAAAAACCAACUUUACUAAAACCACACAGGUUCACACUGCACGUUAUUCCCUCUUGACUGCUAAGAAACAGAACACCUCUUCUGUCUCCUUCUCCUCCGCAGCCCAGAGCAAACUCACUGCCUGUCUUUUUUAUUCCCUGCACCUGGUUCUAAUUUCCAAUUACCACCCAGGUGCAGGGGAUAAUUAAACAAUAAAACAAUUAACCAAACUGAAUUAAACAAUAAGCAAAACAAUUAACGAAAACAAAUGUGCAUUUGCACAUUUUUUCCACGCAGGGAGGCUUUAUCCCCCUCCCUGCUGUGUUACAAUAGUAGCAAUGUAUUUUAAAAAAGUCAACAGACAGCAAAGAAGAUCAGUCCUGUCAUGACCUGCCUUUUGUGAACAAAUACCUCAGCAGGCUUCGGUGUGCAUAUUACAUCCCUUUUCUCCCAAUGUAUAAGACAGCUGAGAAAAGAGUAAGGAAACUAUUAGCACAAACGGAUAACAAACUGCAGUCAUUUCAAGAUGCAAGUGGCAGGUAUGGUACUGUAUUGUAAAAUAGAUAAAAAAUAGCAAUGUAUUUUUAAAAAGUUGCCAAUGUACAGUAAAAUAUAAAUAGAUUACCACAGAUAGCUAAUAAACAAAACAAAUAUUUUAAAAGAACACAUUCACACAAAACAAUAAACCAUUUGUGUAGGCUACAUAAAUCAUAGACCACAAAACAUGAUACCUUUAUAAAUAAAUUGCAAGGCUUUUUUAGUGGGAAACCUGCUGAAUAAUGUAAUGUUAACAUAUUGAAUUACAUCCGCUUUGUAGUUUUCCAUAUAUACGAAAAACAGACAAAUUGAAAAAUGGGACAAAAAUGAAACAUGAAAUACUAUACUACUAUUAUGGCUUCUGGUCAACUUUUUUUACAAAGUUUGUAGUUUAUUUGAUUACAUGAUGUUAAAUAAAAUAUCUAAAUUACAUUCAUAUUUUUCUUUUUAAAUUAUUCUUAUUUCCUAAAAUUUUAGGUGAUGCAAAA